CAAAGCUGACAGCUAUUUAGUUAGCUGUUAAGUACAUGAAUGGAUGCCCAGUAAGCCGUGAAAACAGGCCAGUUGUUCAUCGAUAUCGUGGAUUAAUUAACAGUACAGCUUGUUUUAUACAUAUAGAGCGGGUUUCGCGAGAAUAUAUAUAUCCCUCCGUAUGUUCGUUUCACAAGCUAACGUUAGCUGCCUUCCGUUUUAUCGUUAGGGAAAGGCUAACGUUUGCACAAGGACAUUGGAGCUACCGUUGACGCUUGCAAAGUUAAUUUACAGCUUUAUUAAACCGAAGUUAACGGUUAGUGAGAAUUCUCAGUGUCUGGUUCUUUUUUCCCUUUCUGCGUUUGCUGUCAGGAGGCAGAAAGAACGUGAAAAAAAGGGCGAAGUCCGCAUUUAGCAAAACAACAAUGUCUACUUCAAACGCUAAUUUUAAAAACAAGUGUGUGACCCAGGUGAACUGCAUAUUUUGUGACAGCCUGCUCUGCACGAGAGGCAUGAAGGCAGUGCUACUUGCAGACACCGAGGUCGAGCUGUUUUCCACUGACAUACCUCCCAAUAGAACUGUUGACUUUGUGGCCAGCUGCUACUCUACUGAAAGCUGUAAAUGCAAACUGAGAGACAUCGCAUGUCUCAAAUGUGGAAAUGUUGUGGGCUAUCACGUUGUAGCCCCCUGCAAACCCUGCCUGCUCUCCUGUAACAACGGCCACUUCUGGAUGUUCAAUAGCGAUGCUGUUUCUACUCUCAACAGACUGGAUUCAACGGGCCUUAAUCUGCUCCUUUGGGGAGAUCUUCCCGAGCUAGAUGACAGCGAGAAUGAAGAAUCAGAAAGCCCAUCAGAGGAGGAGUGUAUUAGGUAGAGUGGGACAUGGACAAUGUGAGAGACCUGGAGUGCCAGCUUUUGAGAGGUGGAGAUUUAAAAAAAUAAAAAAAGUGUAUAAUCCAUGCUGGGAUGAGACAAAAGAAGAGGAACCAAAAGGGUAAAUGAACACCCAGUUACAUGGGACCAGCAAUCCUGCUGUACUACUCUGUGUGGGCUGAAAGAUUAAACCAUUGUUCACUUAUGACCCUACCUGGAAAAAAUAGUGGUGUCACAGCAGGUGUUUUCCCACUAUAAGCUGGCAGAGAACACCUGCCUUGACAUUAGUGAUUUGGUGUGUGGCUGUAAAUACUGGAAGGUUUAAACCCAAAGAGAGCGGUACAGGGGAAGCUUUUGGUGCUCGUAAUUGAGUGUUUUAAUUACCCUUUAACCUGUGACCAUGACUUUCCUGAUCACUUUUCACUGUUAAAAGCACAGACACGCACAUUCACACAUUGUUUUCAGUCUUUCUCUCAUUUUUGUUAAUUUGUCUGCUAUUAUUUUAACAAAAAAACAAACAAACAUGCAGCUGAAUUAAAUUGAAAAUAACAGACAGCUAGACUCCAUAAUCUAGUGUGUUCUGCUUUUCAGAGCUCAUUGUUUUGAUCAACCUUAUGAAAAGUUGGGUGUGGUGUGAUUAAUUAAUGGUACAUACCAGUGAAUGCUGUGCUUUUUCACACCAUUAACACCAUCAGAUUUUUCUGGGUAGGAGGUCUGGAAUUUACCUAUAUCCUUUUUUUAAUAGCACUUAUCUUUAUGUUGAAUGUGCUGUAAUAAGUAAAACUUCUAUUAACGGUAAUCUUUUAAUCUCUGGAGGCCUUUUCAGAUAUGGGACAUUAAAAUGUUAAAGUGACAGCAUUCUGUUCUUCAGACAUGGGUGACUUUUAUGUUCAUGUUCCUCACGGUUUUAUUAAGAUAUAUUAAGGGGACUGACAAAGAGACAAGGUGUGUUUGUAAUAUUUUGAGAGAUCUGUCGAAUUAUUGGCAUUAUUGAUGUGUAAAGAAAAAAGCUCUUUCUUAUGAAUUAAGAAUGGCAAAAAAGCAUCAUACAAGAAUAUUUCUGUCUUAUUGGGAUCAACUCGUGAGAUACUCAACUCGCACAGAUGCAGCAGAGGCAUGCAUUCAGAUUUACGCCAUGUCGAAUGUGACACAAUUUUUUUUUCUACCCGGAAAAAUUACUGUCACGACUUUUGCUUAAAACUUAUCGGGGUGCUCAUUCAUGCACAAAGCUAACAUGCUCAGAUGCUGUCAAAUUAAUGAAAAGGCGCUAACUGAAACUUUGAGUUCUUUUUUUAAUCCCUCAUAUUGAAGAAAUAGCACAAUUACAGAGUGAUGUAUCUAUUUAUGUUCUUUGGUCGUAAAGGGCAUAUUUAAUUUAGGUUACCUUACAAUCUGCUCUUCUGUCAUUGGUGGAUUUUGAGAUGCUGAAAUAGUGUUUGCUACACUUGUGAUAGCAGCAUUUAAGUGUUUAACACCCAGCUGAGUCUGACUGUAGCAGUGUUCCUUACUAACUUACUAACCUAUGAAUGGGUUGUGCUUUCACACAAGCCUGUGGAGCAGCUGAGUGGAGUAUUCACCCAGAGCUCAAAAAAUAAAUAGCUCAAAAUCAACAAAAGCUUACAUUUGUGACAAUUAAAAAAAGGAUGCCGAAGCAAGAUCGUGAAAACAUGAGCUCAAAUGGGUGCGAGCGUCCUAGCUCUGUUUCUGUUGCACAACUGUUCACUUUUUAUGUAGCAGCAUACCUGUAGCAACUGAGGAGAUGGAAAAAGUGAACUCCAAAGAAUCAUGGGACAUAUCAGUGUUUAACUUACAGGUUGCCUCCUAGUCUAGAAAGAUAAUUACUUCAUGUGGCGCCUGAUUUAUAGAAAAGCCUUUGACUUUUUUUUUUUGUGUGAGCUGUUUGAAAUGAUGCUUAAACCAGUGCUACAAAGCUCCCAAAAUUGAAUAUUUUAGCCUUACUGAAAUGAACCUCUGUUAAACUGUAACCUCUGGGCUGUUGCUGUAUAUUAACCUGUCAUCACUGAGUGACCAGGCCAUUUACUCAGCAAGCUACAAAAUCCUCCAUUCACAACAGACUCAACUCAAAGCCUCUUUUUCGCAGUGCCAUCCUUAAGCUCUUGUUAUUGUUUCACUGCUGUGCCCUGCUAAUACUAUGAUCCUGUCUUAAAGUAACAAUGUUUCUGUGGAUGAUUGACAACUUCCUGUGUUGCCGGUGAACAUUAUUUUAAAAAAGAAAAAGGAAAAAAUGAGCAAAUGUUGAAUGUCCCACUUCUUAGGUGAAGGAAGAGGAGAAGAAAGGAAGCAGCUUUUUUAAAUGUUUAACUGGCCUCUGUUUGUCUAUGCUAUAGCCUUUAGUUGUGGAAAUACACCCAUAAACGAGGAAACGUUUUCUGUAUUUUCCACAUCUAUCACCUUUUAAAAAUUAUAACUGACGGUCUGUCACACUUUCACACCAAAUACUGUCUGUGUGGAUACCAUACAGUGCAUCAGCUAGGUAUUUAUUAUAUCCACAAACCAAAUAUCUAUCACCACAUACUUACUUUGGGUUUUUUUGUUUACAAAAUUUGUUUACAACUGCUUGUUUUGUAUUGUGCUGUAGUACUUAUGUUUCUGUUUCUGUAUUUAAUAUUUAAUUGUGUAGUGCUUUGUUUUGUACAUUUAAAGACUGAAUGUGUGCAGUUUUACCUCAAGAAGGUAUAACACGUGAGCUUCCUCUGGCUAGGACAAUUGUCAAAUGAUAAUCAGAAGAACUAUUUAAAUGGCUGUGUCUGGAUGUGAAUAAGUUUGAUUAACAUGCCCUGCUGAAAAUGUAUAUUUUGGAAUUGCACUGAAACUGCAUUGGUAGUUUGAAGAAAAUGAUUUGUUGUUUUGUAUGCUUGUUAAAUUAAUAAAG